GACAGCUGGGCUGACAGCACAGCAAAGUUGAACGAGAUAAGCUUAUUCGGAGUUAGAUAUUAGUAAAAGAGUAAAGUGUAAUUGUGUUGUAUAUUGUAAAUCAGACAACGCAACGGUUGUGUAAUAACUUUCUAUCUUAAACACGUUGUAUUGUUAAGAUGCAUUUCAUAUCGAAUGUAAUUAAGAUUACCAUUCCUAAUUAUUUGGCUAGUUUGCCAAUUCCUGAUUCUUUUGGCGGAUGGUUUCGCCUCGGAUUUAAAGAUUGGCUUGCCUUACUGCCUCCAACUCUUGCUGUUGGCGGCAUCUCAUACUACUCAUACCAGACGAUAAAGAAAGCGAAUGAAGCUGGCAAUGGUCAAGUCAACCCAUGUAUUAGAAAGGAUAUUAAUAAAGUGGUUGAUUUUAUUGACAUUGAGGAUAUAACGGAGAAGGUGUCUUUAUGCAGAUGCUGGAGGAGUAAAAAUUGGCCGUACUGUGACGGUGCUCAUGGUCCUCAUAACAAAGCAACUGGAGACAACACUGGUCCAGUUGUAGUGAGGCACAAGGAGAACAAGUAAAAAUAGUUCCAUAUAGACCUGUGUUGAUUGAUCAUUUCUCACCCAUGAGUGAUUGGGUUUAAAAGACCGAAUCACUCAGAUUAUGUCUUAGUCUGUCAGGUGACCAAUGGCUCAUAUUGUGAUUGAUCACUCAAAAAAUGAUCCGAUCACAGCGAUCUGAUCAAUGCAGGUCUUGUUUCACAUACAUCAUAAACAAACAGAAAGUGAUACAAAAGUGAUAAACAGGGCACACUUGACACUCUUUGAUAAGUUUCUUUCUGAUAAAAAAUUGCAUUUUAUAUGCAUUUAAGUGUAUAUUUAUUUUAUCGUUAAAAUUACAUCAAUACUACUUAAUAAAAAAAAACAUACAGACGAAUUUAGUACCUCCUUCUUUUGGGAAGUCGGUCAAAAAAGUGUGUUAAAAAGUGUCAUGUGUGCUCAUAACUUAAGAAUAAAUUGUUAUAGAAAGUAUGAACAAAAUAAAACUUAUUAAGUCAUUU